AUGAGACAUCAAAGCAAAAAGUUACUUGGUAAGAUCAUAUUUUACAGAUGUAGCGUAUUUUACAGAUGUACACAUAUUUUACAGAUGUAGCGCUGGGAUUUGCAGCCGGUGUUAUGACUGCUGCUUCAUUUUGGUCACUUCUUGCACCGGCAAUUGAAAUUGCUGAAGAAACUCAUGGAAAAUUCGCGUUUGCUGCAGUUGCUAUUGGUUUCGCAGUUGGAGCUGCUUUUGUACAUUUCGCAGAUACAUUAUUACCAUCGUAAGUUUUUCUUUGAAUAUUACCCAUGACCUUUUAAAAAUUAGUUCCCAAUUUUUUCAGAUGUGUAACUGGAGAUCUUGGAGUUCACGAACUUUUGGCGCCACCAAAAUCAGACACAGAAAUGACGUUAAUGCAAGCUGAUCGAGAAGAUUUAGAUGUUGCUGCUCUGGCCAGGUACGUAAUUUCUUUUUGUAAAAUGCUACAUUACUUUUCUAUUUCAAGCUUGUGGUGUGUGUGUGCGCACUUUCCUUUUUUUAGUAAAAAAUAGCUCGAUAAAUUCCCUCUUUGAACCCUUUGAUAACAUGUUUCUCUAUGUUUUGAAUGUUUCAAAAUAGUGUUAAUAUCUCUAGGGACGAAACAACAACGACUAAAACUAUUCGACAAAGAAAAAACAAAAGGUAAUAAGCAUGUACAUAUAACACAAUAUAUAGCACCAAAUCACUAACAUUCACUUUUUAUUUUUUGACAAGAGAAAAGGUUUUUUAUAAUGACAAAUCUUUCAGAAGUGUCAAUGAAGAUCGUACGAGAGAUUCGGAGAGUUUGAAUGAAAAUCGACCAGAUUUAAUACCUGUAAGUUAUUUGAGAAUAAGGGAAAAAUACUGUUAAUCUAUUGGAAAUUAUUUAGUCACGAGCUGAUGAAUAUCGACAAUCUUGGAGACGAAUUUUGCUAUUGAUUUUGGCUGUUACCAUUCAUAAUAUUCCAGAGGUUUGUUCAAUUUACAUAAUUGCAAGUAUGAAAGAUAACAUGAAUAUCUCAAAAGUCAUAAUUUUAGGGUCUUGCGGUUGGAGUUGGUUUUGGAUCAAUUGGAAAAACAAAAACAGCAACAUUCGAAUCUGCGUUCAAUCUUGCAAUCGGAAUUGGUCUUCAAAAUUUCCCUGAAGGACUUGCUGUAUCUCUUCCAUUAGCCGCAUUUGGACAUUCGAAAUUGAAAGCAUUUUGGUAUGGACAAUUAUCUGGAAUGGUUGAACCAAUUGCUGCAUUACUCGGUGCGGCCGCUGUUAUUUUCAUGGAACCAGUUUUGCCUUAUGCUCUCGCUUUUGCUGCUGGUGCAAUGAUUUAUGUUGUUGUUGAUGAUAUUAUCCCAGAAGCACAAAGAAAUGGUAAUGGAAAACUUGCUUCAAUUGGAUGUAUUGUUGGAUUUUUGGUGAUGAUGUGUAUGGAUGUUGGACUUGGAUAA